UUUAUUAUUGUAAAUAAGUUUAACCUCUAAAAGAAAAAUGCACAAGUGAUUAUUAAAGACUAGAAAUAAGUUUAAGUGUACAAAAUGAUUUUAGGAAAAUUAUUAGCACACAACACUGUGCAAAAAAUAAAGUGUUUGUUGCCAAUUAGACCGCUACAAACUCACAAGCGGCUACUGUCAAUUACUAACACAUUAGCCACCAAGAACCCAUUAAAUGUUUCCAGCGAAAAAACGCAAAAAUAUUUGGAAAAUCUGCGCGUUGAAUUCUAUAACUUGCGCACUAAUCCUACACCGCACACAUUACCUCGUCUAAAUCAAUUAGAUGGCGUGGUAUCGGCGCUGGAGCAAUAUCGCUUACUAAAAUCUAAACUUGCGAGCAAAGAAGAUAUUGAAAAUGAAAAGGAUGAGGAGAUGCGACAACUUUUGGAGGAAGAAAACGAAGUAUAUGGAGAUCUUUUACGUCAAACGGAAGAAACAUUACUUGAUAAGAUGCUUAUGUUAGCCGAAGAACAAACAUAUAAUUCACUAAUAUUUGAAGUGAAUGCCGGUGCCGGUGGCCAGGAAGCAAUGCUGUUUGCACGUGAGCUCUUUGACAUGUACACAAACUUUUUCGAUUACAAUGGUUGGUCGUAUGAAAUUAUUGAUAAUGAGGAGACCGAUAUCGGUGGCUUACGACAUGGUAAUGUCAUUGUACAGAAUAGAGAUGCGUUUAAUCAAUUGCAAUACGAAGCUGGUGUACAUAGAGUGCAACGGGUGCCUGCAACUGAAAAAUCUGGUAGAAUACACACGAGUACAGCUUCGGUGACAGUAAUUCCACGUCCUGACGACGUGAAUGUUAACAUAUCUGAAAAGGAUUUGAAAAUUGAGACUAAACGCGCUAGUGGUGCUGGUGGACAACACGUUAACACCACGGAUUCAGCAGUACGAGUAGUCCAUCUACCAACAGGUUUAGCAGUGGAAUGUCAAGCUGAGCGUUCACAAAUAAAAAAUCGAGAACGUGCCAUACAACGUUUGCAGGCUAAGUUGGUGCAGCGUCAAUUGGAAAGUAAGGAAGCAAAUGAAAAACGCACACGCAAAGCACAGCAGGGCAACUUAAAUCGAAAUGAAAAAAUAAGGACCUACAAUUUCGUGCAGGAUCGUAUUACAGAUCAUCGUAUAACCAAUGGCACUGUGCAUAAUUUAGAAGAGUUUUUCGAUGGCGGUGAAGACUUAGAGAGACUUAUAAAACGUAUUGCUGUAGAAUUUAGACGUGCAAAGUUAAUAGAAUUAAUUGAUAACUAUGAAACAUUAGAAACUGAGAAAGGAGCAAAGUCAAAAGUGAAUGAAUAAAUAUCUAUCAAAAAUAA